UUUCCUGGAAAUUAUUAUUAUUGUGGACAUAAAAAACAAGGAGUUUAUUAUACUGAGUUAAUCAUAUUCCCAAUUUAAUUACAUUUAGGGUCGUGAUUAAAUUAAUGUGAUGACCUAUACUGAUAUUGAUAUCUCCUUUAUUCAAUACUCCAUGGAUCUUUAGUAAUACCUCACAACUUGCAUAUCCAUUUUGACUUCUUCUUCUUCCAUCUAUCUCUCCCCCAUCAGUCUUAUCAUAUAUUUCUCUAUUUACUUUUUACUACUGUUCUCCCAGUUAUUUGUACCUUGAGGAGGGGGCUACCAUGAGAAGUGCAAAGUUUCCUUUAUUAAAGACUCAUCUGACUCUCUCAAGUCUCCACCAUCCUUUCUCCCAAUCAAAACCCUCCUCCUCCUCCUCUCUCUCUAUCUCCCUCCCAUUAGAUCAAUGAUCUUUGUCUUUCUUUCUUUCUUUUCUCAGUUCCUAACCUAAUCUAAUCAUCCCCUAUUAUCUUAUCUAACAACAAAGAGCCAGAGAUCAUUCCCUGGAGUGGAGCAAAACAAAGCCCUUUAUCACCCCAAAUAUCAUCAUCCCCAAAGGCCAAUUCCCAAGCCAUCUAUCUUGAAAGAAAAGCAUCCCAUCCCACCACCCUCUUUUCCCCACACCCCAUCUCCCCUCUUUAAAAAAAAACCCUAACGCCCAUUCUUCCUCCAACCCAACAACCCCUCCAUUCCAAAGCCAAAAGCCCACAAAGGGGCUCCUUUCUUUUCACAUAAUUAUAUUCCCUUCUACCCUCUUCCUCCUCUCCUCCUCAACCCAAAACUCCCUCAUCACAUUUCAUGUGGGUCUCUCUUCUUCUCCCCUUUCCUUAGUUUUUAAUAUUCACCACUUCUUAACCCACCCAAAAAAAAAAAAAAAGUCAUAUGGAUACCUUGUUCAGAUUAGUCAGUCUCCAACAAUACCACCACCAUCAUCAGGAGGAGGAGGAGGAGCAUCAGCUGCAGGAAUUCCAGCAAUCGGAUCACUCUUUCAACUCAGCCAGCUUAACCACUUCCACCAGCUCCCACUCCCACUCCAAUUCCGCCCCACCACCACAACAACAAUACCACCACCACCCUAAUUCCUUCUACCAAACCCACCAAUCCGACGUCGCACAAGAAUGCUUCAACAUCUUCAUGGAUGAAGACGACUUCUCCUCCUCCUCCUCCAAACACACCCCCAACCCCAACCCCACAAAUUACUAUCCUACCCCUACCCCGGACUUCUACCCUCCGCCGCCGCCGCCGCCGGCCCAGCACCUCGCACCCCAGCAGGAGUUCGACUUCACCAAGCCAUGGGCCUCCGACGUCCUCCUCGAAGCCGCCCGGGCCGCGGCCCAACACGACACCACCCGCCUCCAGCACCUGAUGUGGAUCCUCAACGAGCUGGCCUCCCCUUACGGCGACGCCGACCAGAAGCUGGCCUCCUACUUCCUCCAGGCCUUAUUCGCCCGCAUGACCGAGUCCGGCCCAAGAUCACUCCGCAGCCUCUCCGCCGCCUCCGACCGCUCCUGCUCCUUCGACUCCACCCGCAAGCUCCUCCUCCGCUUCCAGGACGCCAGCCCCUGGACCACCUUCGGACACGUGGCGGCCAACGGCGCAAUCCUCGAGGCACUCGACGGCAACCCCAGGAUCCACAUCGUUGACUUGAGCAGCACGUUUUGCACCCAGUGGCCCACGCUGCUGGAGUCCCUCGCCACCCGCUCCGACGACGCACCCCACCUUCGCCUCACCACCGUCCUCGGCGGAGCUUCCUCCUCCUCCUCCUCCUCCCGGGUCAUGAAGGAGAUCGGCGGCCGGAUGGAGAAGUUCGCCAGGCUGAUGGGGGUGCCGUUCAAGUUCAACGUCGUCCACCACUCCGGCGACAUGUCGGCCCUCGAUUUUGAUGGUUUAGGGGUGGAGGACGGCGAGGCGCUGGCGAUCAACUGCGUCGGGUCCUUGCACUCCGUGUCGCCGGCGGCCAGCCGGCGGGAGUACGUGGUGUCGAGGUUUCGGCAGCUGCGGCCGAGGGUCGUGACGGUGGUGGAGGAGGAGGCGGAUCUCGACGCCGGGGAUUUCGUCCGGGGGUUCGAGGAGUGCCUGCGGUGGUUUAGGGUUUACUUCGAGUGUUUGGAGGAGAGCUUUCCCAAGACGAGCAACGAGCGGCUGAUGCUGGAGAGAGGGGCCGGGAGGGCGAUUCUGGACCUGGUGGCGUGUCCGGCGGCGGAGUCGACGGAGCGGAGGGAGACGGCGGAGAGGUGGUCGGGGAGGUUGAGAGGGAGUGGGUUUUGUCCGGUUGGGUUCAGCGAGGAGGUGAGCGACGACGUGAAGGCGUUGCUGAGGAGGUACAAGGAAGGUUGGUCGAUGCGGCAGAACGGCGGCGGCGGGGAGGGCGCCGGGAUGUUCUUGUGCUGGAAGGAGCAGCCGGUGGUUUGGGCGAGUGCAUGGAGACCGAUUGAUGAUUGAUUUGAUUUUCCGGUGGUUGCUAAAUUGGCGCGUGCGGCGUGUUUUUGCUCGCGCGUGGGAGAUUUAUUAGUCGUCAAUAUUGGAUAGGUGUUUUGGUUUGAUUUAAUUUGUUGAAACUGGAGUUAAACUUGAUCCUCGAUUAAAUGUUUUGGGUUUAAAUUAACUAUUGGGAAGAAAUCAAAAGAUAUAUAUUAUUCGCUACUGGCAAUAUAUUGUGUUAUCAUUU